AUGUCCUAUGGUAUCAAUGCCCUAGACGAGGCGAUAGAUAAGGCGAUAGAAACGGCGAUAGAGAACAAAAUCAGCAUCUUCGCCGCAGCUGCUAAUGGCGGUGGUAACGAAUUGCGUGUAUACCCUGCCAAGAGGGGUGAUGGUGUCCUGGCAAUCCAUGCGAGCGAUGGCAUGGGCAACGAUGGUGGGAUCAGUCCCACGCCGAUGAAGAACCGCGACAACUUUUCGACGCUAGGUAUAGCCGUGCCGUCGAAGUGGAGCAAAGAAGCCAUUGCUAUUUCCGGGACGUCCUUUGCCACGCCUAUUGCCGCAUCACUUGCAGCGAAUAUGCUUGAAUUGGCCAGAUGUAAGUUCGAUUUGAGCGAACAUCAGCAGAAUAUGCUCCGCAAAUACAAUGGAGUUCGUCAAAUUCUUCAGCUCAUGGCCGGAAAGGGUAUCCAGCCGCGCGGCGGUUACGAUUAUAUUGUGCCGGAGAUUAAUAGCAUGUUGGAAUACAAAUUCCACUUGCUUAUACAUGAGAUGUUUUGA